AUGCUACCUGAACUUCAUCAAAUUCUUGAGUUUUCACGUCAUAUUCAGCAAAUUGGAGAUGACAUGCUGCGGCGAAUGAACAUGUUUGACUUCAUUUUCUUGUUCUCUUUUUUUCACCAUAAGUGCAUGCUCUUAGUGAGACGAAACUAUUUGUCUGAUUGGUUGGUAUUUUUAAGCAGCAACAGCACUGUUAUGUGUUCUCAUAUACGUCGAAAAGAUUUUGUUGACUUGAAUGUUGCAUCUGACUUCAACAGAAGUGUUCAUGAUAUUCACGAGAUUGCUAGGCAACGGGUAACGCACACAUUUCUAGAAAUUAGCGAAGUGCGGUAUUCAAAAAAUUCUGAAGAAGUGGAUUUCUAUUUGGCAUCGAGGAUGUGUAGCGCUUUUCUCAUCACCGCUCCUACGUCAACAUUUGGCUGGUGGCUAGCGUUCUUCAUUCCGAAUCAAAAUGCUGUUUUCUACAGUAACGACAACAGAAGUAUGGGGGACAAAGUCAUACGCAAGGAUUUAUUCUUGUACGAAUUUGUUUCUUGUUUUAGUGUCUUGUCUUAUUAA